AUAUAAACAGAGGUCCAUGGAUGUUGUAGGGCACAGACCUUUCUUCUUAACAUCAUUGCUUCUGCCAGUACAGACAGAGCAUUCCCUCUAAAGACAAGAAAUAUUAACAUGGCUAGGCUCUCUUGGCUUCCAUUUGCAUUCUUUCUCAUCCUUGCAUUGGGUUUUGCUAUUCAAACAGCAAAUGCUGGCAAGGAAGGAUCACUUCGCCUUGAAGACUGUCCCAAGGCCUGCGAUGGUCGGUGUUCGAAAACACAUCACAGGAAGCCAUGUUUGUUCUUCUGCAACUAUUGCUGCAAGAGUUGUUUGUGCGUUCCCUCCGGAACGUAUGGCAACAGGGAGGAAUGUCCAUGCUACAACAACAUCAAAACCAAGGAAGGCAAGAAUAAAUGUCCAUGAAUGUGUUGAAAAUGCUUCCGAAGUUUUUCAUCUGGCAGCCCUUGGUUUUUGCUCUUAAAUCGUAAUAUUGAUGUCAGAAUAAAGGUGCUGGAUGGAAAUAAGGGAAUUUGUCUUGCCAUUGUAAUAAUUUAAGUCUAUCUUUUUUCUAUAUGGGAAGUGUUCUUGAUUUGCAA